GUCAAGCUUUUGUCGAGUUGUAAACAAAUCGCUCUAAUUGCUCUGCGUACGUACGUGGGAGGAAAGUUUCGUGUAUUAUUUUCCAUUUCUCGACCCAAAACUCAUCCGCAAAGUGUAUUCAUCUCUGCCCAAAGUCUCCAUUGCCUUGACCGCUGGCUCCAUCCGGGUGAUCGCGCUACAAAGGAAUGGAAAGCGAUAAGAUGGAAAUCUACGAAUCACUGAUACGCUGGCUCAGCGUACUGAAUCUAUCCGCACCCCAUAAAACGGUGCAGGAACUUUCGGAUGGGGCAGCCCUUGCCCAAGCUCUGAACCAAAUCGCGCCGGAAGUGUUUACCGACAGCUGGCUGUCCAAGAUAAAGUCGGACGUCGGGGCAAACUGGCGCUUGAAGGUGAGCAAUCUGCGAAAAAUCAUCGAAGGCAUCUACGUGUACUACCAGGACGAGUUGAGCUUGAACCUGUCGGAAGAGUUGCGUCCCGAUGCGCUAAAGAUCGCGGAGAAAUGUGACCCGCACGAGCUGGGUCGCCUGCUGCAGCUCAUACUGGGCUGUGCGGUAAACUGUCUCGAGAAGCAAAAGUACAUCACGCAGAUCAUGGAGCUGGAAGAAUCGUUGCAGCGUAACAUAAUGGCCGCCCUGCAGGACAUUGAGUACAUCUGGCAGGGAGCAUCACCUUCGCGCAACUCGAUCAACACGACCACGAGUCUGGACGUGAAAACGUUACAGGAAGACCGGGACACACUGGCCCAGAAGUGUCACGAAACGAACAAAAAGAUGCUGGGGCUUAUCGAGGAGAAGGCAGCACUGCAGCAGGAAAUCACGAAGCUGCAAGCCAUCGUGGGGCGGUACGAAAAUCCAAACCUGAUCGGAGACGACGGAACAUCGCUAGGGCCGAUCCAGCUUGGCUCAUCGCGGUACAACGAUCUGCGCAAGCUGGUGGACAGCUUGAAGGAUGAGCUGCUGCAGGCAGAAACGGCACGGGACGAUCUGAAAAUGAAGUCGAUGAUUCAGGAGAAGGAAAUCGCCGAGUUGCAGGUGCGGAUCGAUGAGCUGCACGCGGCAACGGCCGAGAUUGCUCAGCUAAAGGACGAAAUCGACAUCCUGAAGGAGGCGAACGAGAAACUAAAAAUCUGUGAAACGCAGCUACAAACGUACAAGAAGAAGCUGGAAGACUAUAACGAUCUGCGAAAGCAGAUCAAGCUGCAGGAGGAGCGCAGUGCCGACUACCUGAAGCAAAACCUGGAGUACGAGGAGGAGGCAAAGAAGUACGCCGGGCUGAAGGGGCAGGUAGAGCUGUACAAGAAGAAGAUCCAGGAUCUGCACGGAAUGCUGGACGAAGAGAUGGGCAAGACGGUGCGUGCCGAGUUCGAGUACAACCAGCUGCAGGGACAGCUGGCGGUUGUGCAGCGGGAGAAGGAGAAUUUUCUGAGGGAGCGCGACACACUGCGAGAAGCCUUGGAUGAGCUCAAGUGCGGUCAGGCAGCUGGGUCGGGUGGCGUAGGUCCAGGUGGUCACGGAGCGGGUGGCAACACGAUGUCCAAGGAGUUGCAUUCGAACGAUCUGUACGAGCGUAUCGAGCGAUUAGAGCGUGAAAACAAAGCGUUACGUGAGGGUCAGGGUGGCCAAACGGCACUUUCGCAAUUGCUAGACGAUGCAAAUCAGCGUAACGAAAAGCUGCGUGAACAGCUCAAAUCGGCUAACCAGAAGAUUCUUCUGCUCAGCCAGCAUCACACCGAGGAUGGAAGUAGCAAGAGCGAGCUGGAAAUGCAGAUGAAGCAAACACUGGAGCUAGGCGAGCAGACCUCCUCCCAGCAGAUGGAAGAAGCGCAGUUGCAGCUCGGUAAUUUGCACACAAAAAUAGCCAGUCUAGAGGCAGCGCUCGUUGUGAAGGACCAGGAACUGCAGGCGGCCGAUGUGCGUUACAAGAAGUGUGUUGAAAAAGCGAAGGAGGUGAUCAAAACGCUUGACGCGCACGCAAUCAGUGAAGCACUAUUGAUGGAUAAGGUCGAUGCACCCGGUGGAGCGGGCGUAGAUGGCACGCUACCGGUAGGAAACGGUAACGCUUCCCGUCCACCGAUGGGUCAACAGGAAGAACAGCUGAUUGCGACCGCUUUCUAUCGGCUCGGGAUGGUUUGCCAUCGGGAAGCGGUCGAUGCACGCUUGCUAAGCGGACCAGGACAAAGCUUUCUCGCUCGCCAGCGGCAACCGGCGGCAAGGAAACCGCUAAAUGCAAACUACGGCAAGAAAUGAUCGCUCACCGCCCGUCAAUUCGGAACUCACAUGGCCUGUGCGUCUGCCCAAAAGGUGCCUUACAUACACUACCCUAGCGAAAUAGUGUGAUCUUGCGCGGCGUGUAACCUUUUCGUUACCGGCUCCCGGUGAGAACUGCACGAGUUGGGCCACUGUUUUCCAUCAUCCCUUUUUAUCGCUUCAUUAUCAUCCAUCUGUGUGUGGAUCAUCGCCACACAUACGCGCACGCAGGCUUUACUUUCAGCGAAAGUAUCGAGGUGUAUUAGAUGAUUUUUUAAGUGUGUUUGUGUGUAGACCCGUUUUUGUGUACUAUUUAUUUUACACAGCUGAUUUGUGUUUCUGUUUUUAACAACCCCCUUUAAAAGACCGCGAAUCGUGUGUCGCGGUAUCCAAAAAUAAAACAAAAGAGUAUAUACACGUUUGACAAAA